AUGUCCACCUCCACAACCUCCGCCUUCCAAGCCUCCCUCCUCCCCCUCAGCGCCGUCCAACUCGGCCGCCUAAUCCUCAACAUCAAAGCCCCGCACGAAGACUACGUCGACCCGCCCGCCCCCACUCCCCCGGAAGUCAUAAAAAACCCGCAACGCAACUUUACCGAGCUCCGCACCUCCUCCAACGCCUUCAAGCUACGCGGGCGGCUCACGCAGCUCCUCAGCGCCUCCUACGAGCACGAAUCCAAGCAUCAGAUCGACCUCUCCGCAACGAUCGCAUACACCUACGCGCUGUGCAACAGCGGCGCAUGGUUCAAAGCUGCGUGCGCGCAUCAUUCCAUCCGGCGGUGGCUGCAGGACGCGAUUGAGGAUGGCGACAGCGUGUAUUUGGUGACGGGGUACCACACGGUUGUUGAUGCGCGGUUCGGCACAGGGAUGAGCAGCACGAGUACGGAUCGCCAGCAGGUUAGUAUGCCGAUUGAUGCGACGGGGUUGCCGAGCAUGCAGGGGAUGGAUAUGACGGCGGGGGUGGACACGAGCCAUAAGCUGUGUCGCGGGUUCGGGAGGACGUUUGAGGCGCCAGGGGAGCAGGUGUAUGCGGUGCAAUUUCGGAAGGUUGUGUUUAGGUGGUUUAGUAGUAGGAAGAUUGAGAAGGGGAUGCUGAAGGAGAACCAGUGGAGGGUGUAUGCUGGACGGGGACCAGUAGAUAGGUAUGACUCUAAUAGUGAUAGUGAGGAUGAGGAGGAUGCUGUAGAGGCAAGCUUGGGCGGGUUAGAAGGAGAUGACCUGUCGGAUGAUGAUGAUGAUGAUGGGAUUGAUGGAGAAGAGGAGGAUGACGAUCUAGGGGAGACAUGGGUGAGCAAGGAUGAUGAAAGCGUUUGGGUAUUAUAG